CAUCCAGCGCCCGUCGCCCUGCACGUCCUGCACAGGCGUGGGCUUGCUGGCCGGGUUCUCUUCCCCGCUCAUCCUCAACACCGCAGCCCCUGCGGAGGAGAUCCGUGGAGUCCGCCCGGGAAUGCUCCGCCAGGACGUGGAUCCGCCACGCCCACCCCUACCCCCCGGCCAACACAAUGGACCGUCCCGCCGCGCUCACUCGCGCGCGCGCAGGGCGAAGGCCAAGCCGGGGACGCCGCCUCCUCUCGCAGAAUGGAAACCGUCACGGGGGAAGGAACUCUCGCUCCCCUCCCCUCCCCUCCCCUCCCCUCCCCCGACGGAGGCCGGGCUCGUCUGUCGCUUCCCGCUGGGACCCUCGCGACCACGGCGGCGCGGCGCGGCGGGGCGGGGCAGGCGAGACCACGCAGCGUGCGUGGCGGGGGGCGGAGGGGUGGAGAGGGAGAGACAACCCAGAGUUGUCGGGAAGGGGUAGCGUACCCGAAGAGCCGGCAACGAGCAGGGACAACCUAGCGCACUUCCUCCGGGGAGGCAAUCAUUUGCUGCCAGGCCAGAAAACUCCGGAUCAGACCACCUACGGCUACUGUCCCUGAUUUAUCUGCAUCUGAUGACCACCAUGCCUUCUAGGCCAUCAUGGACCCUCGGGGACCAGUCUCUCAGCCUCUCCAGCAGCUUGAGAAAUCUGGUCGCAUCCGGCGUCGCAAAACUAGGGGGGAGCGAAACAAGGCCCUGGUGAGUGGCUAUCGACCAUUGGCCCGUCAGGAUCCCCCCGUGUCCAGUCGGGAUCCAUCUGCACUCCUCCAGGAUCCUGCAGCGUCUGCAGCCCCCAAGCUUGUCGUCAUAACUCAAGGCAGGUUGAGUCGGGAGCACCGGGGUCUCUUCAGCCAUGAAGUGAAAUCCCUGGAUGUGGCCCGGCUGCUUAACAGUGGCUCCUUGGAACCAUGUACCCCCCCACUACCCACCAAAUCCUCCUGCAGCCCAGGCAGAGGCCAAGAACCAGCCUUAGAGUCAAGAGGCAAGGAGAACCAGGUACCUGGAGGUGUAGACUCAAGCCCACCAAGUUCCCCAGGGCUCCCUGUGUUGGGACGACUGCUGGAGGAGAUGCAGUGCCAGCUGACUCUGCCACAAGCCUUUCCCACGAGGGACCUAGUGCGCGAGUCCAGAGAUGCCAUUCUAAGAACCUUACAAGGCUGCCAUGGCUGCGUGCCUGAUCUUGCCCUGGUGCUCCGAGGUUGCCGUUCACCCUUGCCUGAGACGAAGCCUAGGGUCCCUGAGAGACGGAGGAAGACACCUUCUGGUAUCGACGUUCCUGAGCAUGCUCCAAGGGAGGGGAGGCAAAGGACUCAACAGGGGACAAAGGGGAUUAACCUUGCCGGGCCUCAUACUUGUAGCAGCAACCCUUCACACAGGGCCAGCCUGGUGCCACCUACAGAUCACCAGCUGCCAAUCGUGCCCUCAGUAUCUUCACCAUCUGCGAUAGCUUGUGGUCCCCCAACAGCUUUUGAUAUGCUGAAAAGCAUCUGGCUCAUAGCCACACCACCCCAGCCCCAGCCCCGGGAUAUCUGCCCACCUCAACCCCUACCUCAGCCACCAUCACCCUUGUUGCCCCGAACAUCUGGCAAUAAGGACUUGGACUGGAGCCCCGACCCUCCUGCCCCACUACUCAGCCUUUCCUGGGUGGUGACCCAGAGAAGUCCAGAGUCUUGGUCCUUCCCCCCAAUGAGACUGUACUGAGGAGACUGUGGGUAGGGUUGUGGGGCAGGGGUCCCAUGCUCCCAGUCACCUCAAUAAAACACCAUCUUGGUCCUCUUGA